UUCGCCCAGCAACAACACUGGACUGUUAGCUGUUAGCUGUUAUUUAGCGGCGCUCGGAGAUCAGUUUCUGACACAGAUUUUUCCUCACAUACUCAAAAUGGCUGAAGUGGAAGAGACGCUGAAGAGGAUCCAGAGUCAGAAAGGAGUACAGGGAAUCAUCAUCGUCAAUUCAGAAGGAAUCCCAGUCAAGACAACUCUGGACAACUCCAGCACGGUGCAGUACGCAGGACUGAUCCACCAGCUGGUGAUGAAGGCCAGGACCACUGUACGGGACAUUGACCCCCAGAACGACCUCACCUUCCUCCGGGUCCGCUCCAAGAAGAACGAGAUCAUGAUCGCUCCAGAUAAGGACUAUUUCCUGAUUGUCAUUCAGAACCCGUCAGACUGAGACAGAAGGAACUGCUGCCCGACUCAUUACUCUCUCUCUGUUCGUCUUUCAUAUCUAAACAGCCAUUUUUCUUUUUUUAUCCUGGUAAAUCAAAAGUACCUGUUUACCAGAAGCUUUUUAUGCACUUACUGUACGGAGACGUAAAGGCAGGGCAGGAUUUGAAGGUGGAUGAAACUGAAUCUUGGCUCAGUGACUAGAUGUGUGAGCAACACACUCAGUCACCCUGCAGGCAACAAAAAAAGAUUUCCCAUAUUUCAGCAUUCCAGUUCCGUCUCUUCCCCAAACAUAAUAUGUGUUACAUCACUGUGCUGAUCACAUAUGUAUUUUAGCAGCUGCUAAAAUAGAAGUAAGAACCUUAAAGCUGGACCAGUGCAAACAUGCAUGUGCUCAGUAUACAGGAGGCAGAAAGACCACAACACAUCUUUUGGUUUGAGGAUGUUUUUGGGGUUUUUUUUCAGUUCAAUCUUAAUGGAAAUCUUGAGAUUGUUAUUUAUUGUUUUUAUUGGCAAAAGAUGUUGAAGUGCAGUAUUUCAGUGGUGAGCAGCGAACUACACUACAAACACUUCUCUGGUCUUGCCAUGUCGACUUCCUGUUGGUUAUUUGUAACAAAUUAAGAAAUUAAAAAAUGUCAAAAUGA